AAUCUUGGUUUCAGCCAAGGCCAAAACUUACCCAAAACCCGAGGUUUCGAACCUUGCUACACUAAUACUAAUCUUAGUAAGCUUUGAUAACCCAACCCUAUGCCACCUUAGAACCACCAGCAUAGAAGGAAAGAUACAUAUAUAUUGGAAUGAUACACUUUUGUCCACUGCACCACACAAUUGUUCAAACAUAUAUCACUAGAUUUCUCUAAAUUGAGAUCAUACUUUAAUUGGGGCUUUCCAUUUUCCCUGGAACUCCCACUUCCCCCUCCCCCACUCUCCCCUUUUUCCUUUUUCCUUUUCUAAUGGAAUUAAGUGGUAUUGUGGAAUCUCUUGAGCAAAAGACCAUCUUAGUAACCGGUUCUACUGGUUUUCUAGCAAAAUUGUUUGUUGAGAAAGUUCUCAGAGUUCAGCCUAAUGUUAAAAGACUCUUCCUUCUUCUAAGAGCAUCAGAUACCAAUUCAGCUCUACAAAGGCUACAUGAUGAGGUGAUAGGGAAGGAAGUGUUUAAGGUUCUAAGGGAUAAAUAUGGUGAUGGUUUAGAUUCAUACAUAUCGGAAAAGCUAAUUCCGGUCGCCGGAGAUAUUGGUAGUGAGAAUUUAGGAGUGGUAGAUUACAGUUUGAGAGAAGAAAUGUGCAGAGAAAUUGACAUAAUCUUCAACUCCGCCGCCUUGACGGAUUUUGAUGAAAGAUAUGAUCAUGCAUUGAGUACUAAUACCUUAGGAGCCAAGCAUGUGUUGGACUUUGCAAAGCAAUGUCCUAAGUUAAAGAUGCUUCUCCAUGUAUCCACUGCUUAUGUUGCUGGAGAGAAAGGAGGACUCAUACUAGAGAAUCCAUUUCUUAUGGGGGAAACACUCAAUGGAACCACUGGAUUAGAUAUAGAACAAGAGAUGAAGUUGGUACAAGAAAGAUUGAAUCAACUUGGGGCUGAAGAAGUGACUCAAAAAGCACAAACACUUGCCAUGAAAGAUUUGGGACUAGAAAGGUUUGGGAAUAUAUCACACCUUUUUUAUGUGUCCCUUAGUGUAUUUGAAUUUACUACAUUAUUCAUCAUCCAGUCAAGGCCAUUUUCUUAG